AUGUCGACAACACGGUCUCUACCCCUUCGUAUCCUCUACACAAUAAAUAGCUCCCCCCAAUACAUCCUAGCUCGCUCGCUCUCCGCCUACCCAGUGCAGCCUGUGUCGGAAUGUACUGCAGAAGACCAGGGGGACUCUCCCCAAAUAUACGGCACCGUCGCCUUCAAGCACUGUCUUGAUACCAUUUGUCGAUCCAGUCCUGAGCUCCUUCAGGACAGGUCGAGAGAUUACUCAGUGUAUGUCCUCGAUCCUCUGGAGUCGCUGUCUGCACCCACCCCGAUUGGCGCCCACGCGUCGUCGUCGGAGCGACGGUCUCAGCAAAGCGGGGUGGCUGUGGGUCUGGGAUUGAUGUCAUGGGCUCGAGUCUCAGAGGAGAGCAAGUCUUUGCAAAUAGCAGGGACUUUGAUAAACAACGGGAGGGCGGCCCUGGAGGUUGUGUUUGCUUUACGUGAGACACCUGCUACUCACUUGAAAACGGUUUCUCCACCACCGAUUGUAGCCGAGAAGGUAACCUCUCGACGCCGUCGACAAGAACCUAGUAAAAUCGAUGAACAGCUACUUUCACCUCUAUCCUUGGCCAAGGCGCGCGCGAAGAGAGUGCCACCGCCACCACCCCCGCCCAAGCGCGUAGUCCCCGAACAACCCCCAAGUGAGGCGGAUCUACUUAUGGCUUCAGGCGUUACAUAUACCGGCCCUCCAAGGAAGUGGGGCAGACCAAGGAGUGGCAGGCCUCGGUCGAAGGAUCCGCCGCAAUCUGUUGACAUUGAAGAUGAUGAAGAGGAAGAAGACCCUCCCCCCGCAUCUCCCAAAAAUCAACGUCUGGCUGCGUGGUUGUCAAGCUGUAGUACUCACUCUCAACAACCUCCCUCGGAGGUUUCUGCUGGUUCCACGGUCGAUUCUCCGCAAACAACAUCUAUAUCACUCCCACUGGAUGCGCUGCCUCCAUCUACAAAUCCGCUCUCAGAAGCUCAGACUGCCGUCUUACUUGAUGCUCUCAUGGCGAUCGAUUCGACUACGCCAGGCAACUCUGUAUCUGCAACAAAUCCUGCAUUGGUGUCGGCACUCAGGCAACUGGUAUCUGCAGCUUCUGCCGACCGACUGAAUCACAAUACUUCUCGUACUACGCAUUCUCGAGUUCGAGCUCACCCUGCGUCGAUUUCUGGCUCAGAAUCGAACUCGCCGUCGAAAUCCCAAGACGAUGAGGUUGUUAUAUUGGACAAGGAGAAUGUCAACCCUACGGCUUUCAGACGGAGGGCCGAGCGCGAACGGGCUGAGGCGAAGCGUAUGCUGCUGACUUCUGGGAUGGCCUCUAGUUCGCGGCAGGUGGGGGGUCCAGAGGCCGCGACAACAUCGAUCCUUGGUGCUCCUCGAGACCUGAACAAAGUUCGGACAGUUAGCAAUAGGUCUUCGUCGUACACACACGUCCCUGCUGCCAACCCAGCACAAGAGGAGAAGGUCACAAGGAAACGACGACUAAGCGAUCUCAUGGAUGAACGCGAUUCAGUCAGGAAACGAGUGGGCCAACGCGACGCCCAUAGAUAUUACCGAACCAUUGAACCCCUCUGUUCGCGAGCGGAAGCGAAGCAAUAUUACCGGCAACCUGAGCAGUCUGCCGCACAUAUCAUGUCAGACCCUCCGACAUUCGACCGCUCCGAGUCGCCGUCGAGUAUUGCUGGACCUUCUACGAGUCCGCCUCCCCAACGACAGCGCUCGCUGCAUGUUUGGCACGAAAGUUCUACUAUUCGGUCUUCGUCUGUUUCUGUCGUCAUAUCGCCCAAACGAGGAAGGAUAUUGUCCACUUCUGCUUCCUCGCCAGUAGCUCCCUCGACGUCGAAAACAUCGAAACGGCCGCGACAGAAGUACGUAGUACCGGAGUGGGCACGGACAACGACUGCGACACAACCUCGACUAUCUGAAGAGGCGCAGAAGGCCCUCGAAGACGCUGCUGCCCAACAGAAUGAAGAGAUCAUGAACCGUAAGCGUGCUAAGGCCCGUAAGCAGACGUUUCGCGGAAGAGACAAUGGCAGUCAGAAACCAGGGCUACUACGCGCUGACACGGGCGAUGGAACCCAGGUUUCUCAACAGUCAAGUCAAACUCCUUCAGCUAUUUAUUCCGACCCGCUCACCUCGAACAACAUCCAUCCUGUGUUCGCUUCGUCAGACCCCAUCAUCGACAGUUGUCCCCCCACCCGACCUGUAUCCCCUUCACCAUAUACCUCCCAACCUGAACCUGAAAUACCCAGCACACCACCUCGACGACACGAUAUACUUCACGACAGUUCCUUAUUUACGCCGACGCCGAAAGGAAGGGACAAUGGCAACCCUCUAUUUUCGCCUUUUGGUGCCAUGGGGUCCCCGGUUCCGCAGAGUAGCAUCUGGGGGAAGAUGGUUGGGCCUCAUGGACUUCAGAUACCCGAUCAUGAAUCAGACGAUGAGGAGGAUCUGCCUGUACAUGCGCCGAGCGAAACAGUAUCCAAAGAAACAAUGAUUCCCAACGCUGAAUCUCCUCCUGAUUCGCUUCCUAUAGCAAGCAGCGAUACAGAAGAUGACGAGUCCAUGAAUUGUGAUCCAGCUGGCGAGACAGUCCCAGUGAAAGAACAUUGGACGGAUUUGCCUCCUUCGUCGCCUCCGCCUCCAUCAAGUCCUUUUGAAGAUGCAAGCACUUUGCCCUCAGAAUCAACUGAUACGCAAGAUCUUACGAUGACGCCCACGCUCUCCAAUCUGGCCAUGUACUUUGAUGUAAAUGAGUUCGAUGCCUACUACGCGUCCGUCAACAACCCUUCAUCGCGGCAUGGCGGCGCAGAACCACUCUCGGACGCUGCGCUGUUCAAUCAGUUCACUCAUUUGGCUUCUGACGACUCGCAAGCGCAGGCGCAAGAUGGUUUAUCGCUGGAACUGCCGGCCGAUUUUUCCAUGCCGGAUAAUAUAAACGACCUCGACUUUACAGAAUUGUGGCAAACGAUGGUGCCGCUUCUUGAAGCUGGCGCUUCAGCUGACACGAGGCAGGACUCUGCGGGACUUGGGCUGGAUAUCUCUUCACAAGAUGAUCGAUCACAGGAGCCGCAGGCGACUGCUGACAUCGACCAUGAAAAGCUCGCGCAGGAGGUUCAUGCGCUUUUCAGCGGUUGUUUGAUGUAG